UACAUAUUUGACGGUAGUUGGUUUUUUCCUCUCCAACAAGCUGGUCCAACUUUUCUGUUUUACUGUCAUCAUAACAAAGUGAAUUUUAUGAAACAGUAAAUUAAUUCUGUAUUUAAUAUAUUAGUCAGUUACAAAUUAAUUUAUAAACCGAGACAAAUCAUUGUAUGCACAUCAACUGUUUCAAACUAAAUAGUAUUAUCUGCCGUGAAAAUGGAAGAAGCCUUAUCCAACCCACUUAUUUUGGAGAAAAUUCUGAUCCAUCUCCCAUCCAAAAAGGUUCGACUCGUUUGUCGCCAAUGGAAUGAUGCUGUCCUUUCAAACGGCCAACUCGAGUUACGAAUUCGAUCAAAAUUCCCACAGUUUGGCCUAUUUUAUACCGAAAUGAAUCCCAAAUUGACAAAAUGCAUCAGCCUAUCGACCGAGACAAGAAAUUAUUUUGCUGAUAGUGAAGAUUUCAAAAAUCUGAAUUUGAUAAUGAACAAGUGUGGCGAAUAUGUGCAAGAAUUGAGCAAAAUAUCACUCAAAACAAAAAUGCUUUUUGACUUGUGCAAAAUCCUUCAGAAUCGUAGGAACUUUCCAAAUUUGAGACAUUUACAAGUGAAUGUUUUCGAUUCUGUCGUAACUGGUCAAGGCGUUGCAGAACCCUGUGUUCCUCUCCCCCAAAGGAAAAGACUUACUUCCCUAAAUUUACAAACAAUUGGACAAGGCACAACUUAUCAGAAUAAUUUUCAAAGCUUGAUAAAUUCUGCAGUUGAUUUAGAGAGAUUAAGUCUGACCGGAAAUUGGUUGCCAAGCCUGGACAAUAAAUGGAAUCUUACCUUCUUUAAGUUUACCGGAGGUGGAAAUUGGGAUAUGACAAAAAUAUCGCAAAUUUUGAACCGAGUUGCAAAUUCACUUACAUAUUUGCAUCUGGGCAACAUACCACCAUGGAAUCAUGGAACUCACGAGUCGAUUUUCCUGACAUUACCAGUAAUGCCAAAUUUGCAAAAAUUAGUUAUUCUCGACUUGCCAGCUUUUCGUCUUCAUUUUGACGACUUUUCUCGACAAAGGUUGAAGCAACUGAGAUCGUUAGAGUUGGGAAAUUUGGUGGAAGAAAGCUUGCAAGCUAUGGCUUGCAGAGAUGCUAUCAGUGAUAUCAUUAAUCCAAGGGUUACGAUGUUAAAUGUGAGGGGGCGAGUUUCAUCAAAGUUGAAAACUCAUUUUAAAAAUCAAUUUCCAAACGUGCAAUGCAGUAAAUAAUUGACAGAAAGGUUUAAUUUUUUUAGUAUAUACUUAUUUUUAACCUUUUAUAUCGGCACAUUUUAUUAUGUACGUACGAGAAUUGGGAUAAAUAUUUACGUAUGUAGAUCUAGAUGACAGGUUAAUAACUACAAAUAAGAUUCUUAAUAUAUUAUGUACGUAGUUAUUAAUGUUACAAAUUUAAAACGUUAGAAUACUUACACUUCAUUUACCAUUGUACUUUAUUAUGAGAUUACUACGAAUUUUUUUUAGCUAAGAUAAGUUAUAACAAAAAAUGGACGAAAUGCAAACUAAAAUAAUUCAGGUAAAUUUUAUUUACCCAAGAAAAACAACGGAAUUUUAACACUUAUAAUGACAUUUCCUGGUUUUAAUUAAAAAUUUAUUUUAAUUAAUUGAGUUAAUUUUUUAAUUCUAUUCUUUUUACGACAUUGUAUUUCCAUUUCCAAGCCACUGGCCAGUAGGUUCUGGAGUGGUCGUAAACGCUCCUAAUAAAGUACCAUUUAUAAUUAAAUA